AUGAGACAAGUCAGCCCUUUACAAAUGGGCCCACACCGUAUACCAGAAGAACAAGAUAAUAAGCAAAACACGGCAAUGACCAUUGUCGCCAAGAGAGCUGAUAACAAUACCACAACCACCUCAGGUAACAACAAUGGUAACAACAACAACAACAACAACAACAAUGAUGGAGGAAGCAACGGUAACGACUCACAAGGCAAUCAAAAUACAUUCAAUAAUGCUGCCGAAGCAACUGCAACUGGCGAAACCACAACCACUCCCUCGUCCUCCUCCUCCUCCUCCUCAUCCUCUUCAUCAUCAUCUUCCCUGUCUUCUACGUCAUCUUCAUCUUUUGUUUCCUCCACCUCGUCAAGAAGAACUACAACUUCAUCAUCUAGCGAGACAUUUAUCAAUAAUCCUACAACAUCAACAUUUGAUAAUACACAGGGGGAAACUUCUGCUACAUCGUCAUCUGAAACAAACGAUUCCGAGUCUCUGUCGUCCUCCUCCUCCUCGGUCUCAAAUGGACCAAACUCUACUUCUUCGUCAGAUAUCCCAGCAGAGACGGAAACAGAAGCAGAGACAGAAGCAAAUUCAUCCAACACCUCAUCGUCUGACUCUUCAGCAUCCUCCUCUUCAUCUCCAUCGUCUUCAGACACCACCACCAGCAGCAGCAGCAGCACCUCCACCACUUCCUCAGCAGACACAACAACCAGUGCCAACCAAAGAGUCACAACAAUAUCUAGUGUUGAAAGCGGCAGGACAGUAGUUGUCACUCAAACUACUCUUAUUUCGUCAUCGCCAACCUCAUCCAGCGACAACAACAGCAACAAAAAUUCAGAUUCUAAUGGAGGCUUGAGCCAAACAAACAAGAUUGUGGUUGGUGUUGUUGUUGGAGUGGGUGGUUCCAUCUUAAUCGGCCUAAUCUCUGUAUUGUUCUACCUAAAGAGAAGAAACAACAAGGAUCACGAGGGUGGUUGGACAUUCUGGAGAAAGAAUGAGAAAUUGGGCAGUGACGAAUUUUUGAAUGGAGAGUUGGGUGUUAGAGAUAGAAAUAUUAACCAAGGAUCUAACUUUUAA